GUGUCCACAAUGCGUUCUUUAUGUAACAUUGUUAUUUAUGUAACAUUGUUAACUGUUCGCCCAAUUUAAACAUUGUUAUGAAUUUGCUAUCGAUGCAUAUAAGCCUUGGUUGGGAUGUAAGGAAAUGCACUGAAUGGAAAAUUUAAUGUAUGCUCUUUCGAAUUGGAUUAAUGAUUCAUGGAUAUUGACAAAGGUUUUGUUCUCCUCAGUUUUAAAAUAUGAGCCCAUUCAGCAGCAAAUAGUGAAAUACAUGGAACACAAUGUUUACCUGCCAAGAAUUGAAAAAAAAAAUGUUCUCGACAUUAUUCGAAAUCAUCGUUCAAAUACUAAAUUCAUUCCAAAAUAACCAAACGGUUAAAUGACAUGUACAAUGUUAAAGCUUCAUGUAUGUACUGGAGACUGUUGAAGUACAUCCAUGGAAUAGUGGAUCGUCUCAUGACAGAAGUGUGACCCAGUUUAAAAACUAAUUUAGUAGCCUGGACUCGUGUGAUAGACAAGUGUUUGCGGAAAAUAUUUUUAAGGACGAUUUAAAAGGAGUUCAGGACAUUAUUACGGUGCAUUUUUUUUGGAGGGAGUAGGAUCUAUUAAGUAUCUAGUACUAAGGCGGGCGUGUAAAAUUGCAUAAUCUGAUUGAAUAUAAGUCAGUGUUUGGGAAGUCACAACCGAUGCAGAACAGCGAUAAUGGCCCAACAAUGAUUAAGUAAAAGUUUACUACGCAACGUUGAAAUAUUGCACGAGCACAGGAUUGAUUUUGUGAGUGAUGUAAAACCUACACGACUCCGAGGAUUAGAUCCACUGUCAGCAAUAUCCCUCUCAUUGUGACGAAUUGCCGGAAUUUAGAGGGCAACAACGAAAAUACUAAGGUUAGGUUCAUGAGAGAGGAUUCGAUAAACCUACCCAGAUAAGGUGAUGUCAAUUGCAGAUGGCUACAAAUAUUACAGAUGAGGACUCUGAAUCACCAUUUUCAACACCAGAAAGAGGCCAUGUCGCCAUAACAACCGAAGACGAACCGCAUACCUUUUUAGUAGAUGAUCCGGUGUUUAUCGUUAUCACAUUGGUGCUCUUAUGUCUUGGGAUGGUGUUCCUGGUCAGAGAAAUCUUCAGCAGAAUGAAGAAUCGGCGGUACAGACACCACAGGCAUCCCGACAGGGGAGAUUCCCAAAGAGCACAACGAGUCCUUCAAACUCCGUCCGAUGAUCCUCCGCCUUAUCCAGGGAAAUAUUCCAAAACCAACAUUAAUUAUCUUCCUUCUUACGACUCGGCUAUCAAGAUGGCACCUGAAUUGCGCAUAUGCGAUAAUACUGGAAUGACCUUGUCUACGCAAUUUUGUGAUGAAAAUGAUACGUCAGAUUAUAAUGAUAUAAGUAAUGAAGAGACGCAGAAUUUACAGGAAGACUCUAGUGACAGAAAUGUGUGUCUCUCUUCUCCGAUUAGCCCUGGACUUUUAGCAGAUCAUGAAUUCCAAUAUACCAGAACUUUAACAGGCUUACAACAGGGUUUUCAAUGAAGAAAUAGAAGACCUGUUAUAUCAUUCAAAUAUCCUAUAAGAAGAAGUCAAUGUGACGAAGAUGGAAAUAUCGGAAGCGAGUUAUAAAAAAGACAAGUUUAAGAUUUUUUUUCUCUCUUGUUGAUAUCAAGUACACCUGUUUUUUUUUUUAUAGAAUUAUCUGAUCAGAAGAUUGUAUAGUAAUAAAACAAAUACAUGGCCUUUAUGAUAAA